UACUAUUUCCUCUGUUUUUAAAUGAUUUAUACACUUUAAUAUUCAAAAAUCGCGAUAACUUUAGUUUAUCUGUGUUUUAGUUGAUUAUUUGAUGAAAUAAAAUAUUUUUAUCAACUUUUAUUUUGUAAAAAACUUUUGAUAUAAUUUUUAAAUAUUUAAAUAUUAUUUUUUAUUUAUAUAUCAAUAUUGAAAUAAAAUAAUGGAAAGAACAUAUUUUAAUUCAUUUAAGUUAACUGUUGAAGGAAUUGGGCAGGUGCAGCGACGCAAUGUUACGGAGCCGCGCAACGGCGGUGUUGUACCACUACCCGUGCCCCGACGGCGCCUUUGCGGCGUUGGCCGCUCAUUUAUACUUCUCCUCCCUGCCUCCCACCACGGCAGCUGCUACUCCGCCGCCUCUCUUCUUCCCCAACACCGUCUACGCUCCCAUCCGGCCCGGAGACCUUCCCAUCUCUCAAAUCGACUGUGUCUACCUAUUGGACUUUGUGGGGCCCCCUGGCUUUCUGCGGCACCUUUCGUCUCUAGUUCGGCGUGUUAUUGUAUUGGAUCAUCACAAAACUGCACUAGAAAUGUUGGGUGCUGAGACAUAUGCUGUUGGGGAGGUGUUUAAAGUGAUCGACAUGGACAGGAGUGGGGCCACUAUUGCUUAUGAUUAUUUCUUGGAAAAGCUCUUAACUGCUACUACCCGGGAUUCCCAUAAUGGGGCCGCCGAUGAUGGUUCAUUAGACCGAGGAAUACGUGAAUUCCGAAGACUGCGGCGACUCUUUGAAUACAUUGAAGACAGAGAUUUGUGGAGAUGGAAACUUCCUGAUAGUAAGGCAUUUAACAAUGGCUUUGAUGAUUUGAAGAUUGAGUUUAAUGCAAGAUCCAACCCAUCCUUGUUUGAUCAGUUGCGCUCUUUGGACCUCGACUCUCUCAUAUCCCAAGGGAAGAUGACCAUCUCUCGGAAGCAAAAAUUGAUAGAUGAUUCGCUUGAGAGGUCAUUCAUCAUAGCACUUGGUGGAGGAACAUAUGGACAUUGUCUGGCUGUUAACGCAGAUGCUUUAUUUGAGUUGAGAAGCGUGCUUGGAAAUCAGCUGGCUAUUAAAAGCCGUGAAAUGAAGCUCAGGGGAAUCGGAGCGGUCAUAUACAAGGUUCAUGAUCUUAAAAAUGAUGAAGUUGUGAAAAUCAGCCUAAGGAGUGUUGACUCAGAGGAUACAACUCCCAUCUCUCAGAAAUACGGUGGUGGCGGUCAUCAGAAUGCGAGUUCGUUCAUGCUAAACUAUGCGGAUUUUGAGAAGUGGAAGGUUUUGGAUAGCACUUGAGAUGAUGUAGGUGUAGGCGAGAACGUCUGGCUCCUAUCCUAGCUGCCGGGAUGCUCAUCGUGCUUUAGCACCUGCACCUCUGUCUGGACUCUCGAGAAAAGAUAGUUUAUGAUUGAUUAUUUCUACAUUGCCAAAACAAAACUACUAUUGACUAUUCCAGCGAUUAGUACUUUAGAUGGUUAGAAUGAUUCAUGAGUUGUCAUCUGGUCUAAGUGCCAGCCGUUAUUGUAGAAGAGUAGAAUAUUCAUAGAUAAAUUAUUAUUUUUCCGGGUGAUGUGAGAAGUGA